AUGGAUAAUCACGUCACUUUUAAGGGGUCCUACCCUAUAGCAGAUUUUUCCUCCCUCGAGGGAGUCGAGCCGAUCCUUGGAACAGAUCAGCGUACUGACGCCAAGCGCAGGCUUUACCAUAUCGUCGAGCAUUUUGAGGCUGCAAGUAGCCGUCGCAGCAAUGGUGAUUAUAGCUGCCCUCGACUUGUCCACCCUAUCUAUGAUUAUGCACUUUCCGAGGAGUCUCGGGACAACUUCCUGCAGGCCUUCUCUCGGGCCAUGGCUCUCUCAAUAGACGGGAGCGAGGAAGAUGGAGUGCAAGGAGGAGACGCUGAAGCCGUUGUUGGGACAACAGACCGGCUGGCAGCUCUUCGCGGUGCCUGUCUCAUCCGGGACCGCCAUCGCUGUGUGAUCUCACGCAAGUUUGACCUGGGAGAGGCAGACAAGCGAAUGGAAAGAGAUGGCGAUGAUGCUCGAGAUGAUGACGGGGUUUGA